UGACGGGCGACUGUAGAUAGGUACGGUAGGUUCCUAGGAAAGAGAUGUUGUAAACACCCAACACUACUACAAUCACACAAAUACAAGAUCAAAACUUCUUCACAAUACACAAAGAAAUUGCAACCCACACCAAAAGCUCACAAUGUCACCAGGAGCAAUCUCGCCGCUUAGUAAAGUCAAAGCCCUCACUUUUGACGUCUUUGGGACCGUCGUCAACUGGCGCUCAUCUGUAACCGAUGAACUCACGCUUCGAGCUUAUCGCAAGACUUCCUCCGGCCUGAACCAAGAUGUCAAAGCUCGUGUUCAGAAGCUCACCGAAGAGGACUGGGGCCGCUUCGCGCAGGAGUGGAGGAACUCAUACGGGAAGUUCACAAGAGGCUUUGACCCGGAAAAGCACACUUGGAAGACCAUUGAUCAGCAUCACCACGACAGUCUAGUCGAGCUUCUCAAGGCAUGGGAUCUAGCUGACUUAUACAGCCCGACUGAGAUUGAAUCCCUGAGUCUCGUCUGGCAUCGCUUGACACCUUGGGAUGACUCCUCAGACGGUAUUCAUGAGCUUGGGAAAACAUACAAAACCAGCACCUUGUCCAAUGGCAAUGUCUCGCUACUCAGAGACCUGAACGAUUUUGGAAACCUAGGCUUUCAGGUUCUCCUCUCAGGAGAGAAGUUCGGAGCUUAUAAGCCAAACCCAGCCGUAUACACUGGUGCUGCACGUGAGUUGGGACUCGAGCCUCAUGAAGUUUCCAUGGUUGCAGCGCACCUCAACGAUCUAGAGGCCGCGAGAGCCUGUGGCCUGAGAACCAUCUAUGUCGAACGCCCCCAAGAGGAAGCCUGGGAUAAGGAGGAUGAAAGGUACCAAAAGGCCAAAGAAUGGGUCGAUAUCUGGAUCACGGAAGACGAUCAAGGAUUUCUGGCUUUGGCUCAGAGACUUGAGGAGUUGGCAUGAAAUAGUCGCAAAGUUUCGAGCAGCUGGUGUUGCUGUUAUUGGUCAUUUAAGUGCUGAGUAGCAUGAAUUCGGAGUUGCCUUUGGUCGAGACUCAAUCAGCGGAGCCUUGUGCUCAACCCAGAGCCACUUGGAUCGUUACAUAACAUCGUUGUUCUAUCAUUAGUAUCAUAGAAGCUUUCGUCUAAGCUAUUUGGAGUCAUAUGACCUCACGUGCAUUGAUUCCCAAUUCGGACUUCAUCCAUAAGACUUCUGUUUCCAGUAAUGCCAUGAGAUUUAUUAAAUCAGCUUAUAUGAAUGAGGUUGAUCAUUAGUUCUCUGCUUACAACCAUACGAUCCGAGUACAUCACACAAACGCCGAUCUCCAAAACCUGCUACGACAUGAGCGCAAGUGGAUAAAGGCAACACUUGAACAACCCCAUGAUCAUGGAGCUGGUGUUUUCGGCUCUAGCCAAUUCUGUAUACGUUUUCUCAGCCGCCUUCACUAUCAGGCCUAGCGGAACCCGAGCAAACGAGAGCUACGUGACCCAGUCGGCAUCUAUAUCUAGAAAGUGUUGGAGCUGAACUUUUGGGUAUUUGAAUGAGCAGUUUUUCCAGCACCUCCGAUCGAAGCGAGGUGGCAGAGAGACUCAAAGCGUACAAGUGAGCCUGUCAUUGAACUAAACACGCCCUAUUGAAACCUUGUUUUGCGGCUCUUACAGUACGAGCAUAUAGUCCAAGUCUGUAUUCAACCAUAGGUAGAGUUUGUUUCUGAAUGACUUAACCUUGCUAAUAUUUUACUACCUUCGUUCGCAUGCUAAAUCCCACCCGCCCGCGAAGAUGGGUAUGAAAUUGUUCUCCCCGCACAUUGAAUGAACCUGUAACCCAGAUAACACAGCCUGUGACUGGUUGGGCUUAACGGAUCGAACACCCGAGCAUCCGGCGGCAAAGCACAUGGCCAACAUGACAGGGCAAAUGAUAUCCGGUCUUGGGUCUGAUAUCCACCGAGGCUGUCGUUCAGAUGCCAAUGAUAUCCAAUUUUCGGUUGACGACAAGCUGCACCCAUAGAAAGUCUGGGGAAACGUUGGUUACCCCAUAGAUGACAACGGCCCGACAACAUACGAGUUUCCCUCUCAAGUUAAGGCUGUUUAACUAGCCUUGUUAUUUUUUCCAUGGCGUUUUCGGAUCAAAGAAGAGACUGGGAAAUUACCCAAAUGUGUGAUCGGGAAAAAUGUGACCAUGGGGUGUCAAUCGGUCCUACACGAUUGGGGUGUGCGAGAUCCGGGAUGGCUUCAAGGGCCGAGAGCCAUGAGCCAAGAAGUAGCCGCAGAGUCCUGCUCGAAACAUGAGAUCUGACGUGUCUGGAAAUAAGUUUCAGUGUUCUUUUCUUUUCUUUUCUGACCCUAUUGACGUUGUAAUAAGGGCCUCUGAACUGAUUGGUGAGCUACCUACUAUGGUAGCUAUCGAGACGUUCACAAUAGCUUUCGGCUGGCACGUUUAGGGUGGGGGGUAGGUUGGUCUCGAUGGAGUGUUUGGCGCACCUACAUAGUACAGUAGUAUAUAGCCAAUCCAGUCGUGUUAUUGUUCAAUUGAACGUUGACCACGUUGAGAGAAGUUCAAUAGUGGCAAAACUUUGACCCAAAUGCUGCCUUCAUUGUCUGUGCAACUAUGACGAACCUUCGCGUGAUGUGGAGCACCAUGUCAUCGUGGCAUACUCUCGCAUUCCCGUUCAGGACGAUGCAGUGAGAUUGAUACUGUAAGGCGAAUGCAGAUAUCACUUCCGAGAGGAGACGGACUCGUUCCGAGCCAACGGAACAAGCAUAAUGUCUUUAGAGGUCGCUGAG